CCUCGUCUAUUAGUAUCAUGCUUUCUUAUGACUUUUUCUCUAACACCAUUUGGAUAUCUGCUGUCUUCCCGUGACGUUCAACGGGUGCAAGUGUUAAGCUACUCGUUAAUCGGUUUCCAAUACAGUGCAGCCUGUAUCAAUAUCGUAGAAAGAUAUAAUCUAGUGUAAAAGUGGACGAAGAAUGUCUAGUGCGAAGAUGUUGAAAGUCGGAAUAUUGUGUCUCUGUUGGGCGGCCACACUAGCCACUGGAGUUCAGAUUGUACCUGGAAUUGAUGAUAUUGUGCCUGUAAUAUUUAAUUCAACCACUACUGCUCCUAAGACCUCAACAACUCCUAUACCACAAAAUUCUACAACUGAAGUACCACAAACUACUACGACUCCUGCACCACAAACUAAUACAACUUCUGCACCACCAACUACUACGACUUCUAAACCACCAACUACUACGACUUCUGCACCACCAACUACUACGACUUCUGCACCACCAACUACGACUUCUAAACCACCAACUACUACGACUUCUAAACCACCAACUUCUACGACUCCUGCACCUGUACCAGCACCAACUGCUGGUAUGUGGACUGUUAAUGGAACAAACGCAACGUGUAUCGUCAUAGAAAUGGCUGUGCAGUUCAAUAUCUCUUAUACAACCAAAGAUCAAAAUGAAACUUACCAAGAGGUGGAUCUUCCUGCUGAUAACAAGACUUUGGCCACUGGUGUUUGCGGAAGUCUUGAGCAAAACUUGACCCUAUCGUGGAAUACUUCUAUAACCGUGAACAAUAGUCUGACCUUGCAUUUCGUUCAAAAUAGCACUACGAAGCAAUAUUCUCUUCAUCACCUUGAGGUGAUAUUAGAUCCUCAAAAUUUCCCCAACAUUAUUACCAGCACUCCCGUCAAACUGAUUCACGAGCCACACCAAUUCAGCACUUCUUUGAGCAAUUCCUACCGGUGUCUCAAAGUUCAAAGUCUUAAUCUCACUGCUGAAGGACACAAUGAAACUGUAGGAUUCCUGAAAAUCGACGAUCUGCAAUUCCAAGCCUUCCGUGGAGAUAACAGCACCACCUUUGGUUUCGCCGAAGACUGCGCAUUCGAUACCCCAGACAUUGUACCAAUUGCCGUAGGCUGCGCACUGGCGGUUCUAGUUGUCAUUGUUCUGGUUGCCUAUCUAGUGGGACGUAGACGUAACCAGGCACGUGGCUACCUUAGCAUGUAAUCUGGAAAAAGCCCAGGUUUUCUAUUAUUACAUUACAAUAUACCGUCUACCGUACGAAUUUUUUCGUCUUUAUCAACAAGUCUUUACUACACUAAGAAUAAUCUGUCCCUUAUGCGUUUCGCACGUUGCUCGACUCUGCCGCGGACGUUCUUUUCAUAUAUCGACAACUUUUACAUCAGAAACUAUAUCAAAAACAAAGAAAAAGGAAAAUGUCGUUCCAAGGAAGCCACUCGAGUUUCAAUGGAAUGAUAGGAAUAGCUUGUCUUGGCUUAAGCCCCACAGAAGGAAAUUACAAUAAGUGUAUCAAUGAAAUCGCUAAAAAAACAGUAGCUAUCAGUUCUUAAGUAACAAGAAUCUCUUUUUAAUUCAAUGAGAAAUGAUUUAAAAACUAAGGACUCCCGCGGAGAACGUUCAUUGUGCUUUAUUCGAGAUAUAACUUUUAUAGUUUGUUUUUUACAUUUUCUUUCUAAGAAGAGCGUUCGAUGCAGUGUCUAACAUUAUGUAUGCAUUCACAGUACGUAAAUUUAUUACACUGUAUCACUGAAUAGAGUUACGUGUUAUGCAUAAAUAUGCGUGAAAACAUUUUUUCUUUUCUCUCUCAGCUAAAUUCGAUGCUUCGAGUGUGUGGUUCGUUGUUGGGAAGCAGCGCGAAGUGAAAAAAAAAAGUACAUACAGGGUGGGGCAUUUAUAGUGACCAGGUCGAUUUUUUCGGAAGUGACAAAAAAAAUGAAAGUUGGCCAUCGAAUUACCUUAACGCCUGCACUCAGGAAGGAAUUCAAUAACAUAAUCUUUGGUCCCCCUUGAAAUCUUACAACUUGUGUAUGGAAAACUUUUUCUCAUAUCUGGCUUCGUUUCCGAAAAAAAUCAACCUGGUCACUGUAAGUGCUCCAGCUUGUAUAUAUUAUAUACAAUUAUCAUUAAAGGAGAAUUUUGCCAGUGAAACUGAAAGUGCGAGAUCAGAAUUUCUCUUGGCAUGGGACUCUUUCUUUAAUCUUACGUAAUGCUGUUUUAUUUUCUUUUUGUUUUCAUUUAAUAAGUCCAUUAUUUCCUUUGUUUCGUGCUGCUUCGCGUGCGAGCGUCGCGAGACUGAGUUAACGGAAGUCAUCGUGGGUCGAGUAUAUGGUAGAUAAAAGCCUUUUCGAAAAAAGAAACAAAGUUGUAUAUAAUAUAAAUGAAGUACUAAUUUUUGGAUUACACACCUGUCUUGUUUAAACAGGUGCUAAGGCAUAAAUAAAGAUACAUAUGAGAACAGA